UCCAACAUGGCGGCCGCCAUGAGGAGAUUCACUGCACAAAAAGUGCUUGAAUUUAGGACGAAUAGCUGUAAUGUGGGCAUUAUAAACAGUUAUUUUAGAAAGAGCUUGCCUUGUUGUAGUUACGUUACGUAUGUGGGGAAAGCUGCAUCGGGAAUGAUGAGACAAAAUGCACAAUCAACAGACAGGAAUAAGCAAGGGAGAAGUACACUGCAGAAAGGGAGAAGAACACCACAGAAAGGAAGUAAUGUACUGAAUCACACAAGAUCAAUUAAGAUGUCUCCAGAAACAACUGACUGGCCUUCUGUAUACUCAGGAUCUGAAACAUACAAUCCAUCAGUGAUACCAAUUAUGGUUAGAAUGGGAAGAUAUAGGCACAAUAGAACAGAUAAAAUGCCUAAUAGAUCAUUUGGAAAUAUUGAACUCAUGAAGAUACCAAACUUCUUUCAUCUUAGCCCCCCGGCAAUUCAGAGGCAAAGCGAAGCUAUAAAACAUCUUUGUAAGCCGUGGCCAACAGACCUCAAUCCAUCAACCAGACCGAUUAGAGUAAUAACUAGGAAUUAUCUCUUUGCUGGGCCUUCUCUGUAUCAUCCACGAUCUCGUAAAGUUAAAAUUCAGAUAAGCCUUAAAGACUUGAUAUUGGAUGAGCAUGCAAGGAAUAAAUUAAUUGAGCUUGUUGGUCCUCGUUAUGAUAAAGAGACUGACACUCUUACCAUUGUUACUGAUAGGUGCCCGACUAGAAAGCAAAACAAGGACUAUGCACUGUACCUGUUGACUGUAUUAUAUCAUGAAGCAUGGAAAACAGAGUCUUGGGAAGCAGAUGCUAUUGUAGAAGAGCCUGAUGUAGCACCAGAAACAAUCAAAAACAAAAGACGCAGUCCUAAACGAUUCCAACUCAUAGGAGAUGAAUUAUACAGAUUGAACCAAUAUGGAAAGGCCUUUAAAGUUGAUAUCAAAACAAAAGUGUAGAUAGUUGAUAAGGGUUUUCUUAAUUAAAAGUGAUUGUUAGAACAA